GGCGAGGCCCCCAGCAGCGAGACCGGCACGUCCCUGGACAGCCCGUCGGCCUACCAGGGCCCCCUAGCGCCCGGUUCCAGCCUGAGCCCGGACCACUACGAGCACACGUCGGUGGGAGCCUAUGGGCUGUACGCGGGCCCGCCGGGGCAACAGCAGCGCACACGGAGGCCCAAGCUGCAGCACUCGACCUCCAUCCUGCGCAAGCAGGCCGAGGAGGAGGCCAUCAAGCGCUCGCGGUCACUCUCUGAGAGCUAUGAGCUCUCCUCGGACCUGCAGGACAAGCAGGUGGAGAUGCUAGAACGCAAGUAUGGAGGCCGCCUUGUGACGCGCCAUGCGGCCCGCACCAUCCAGACGGCCUUCCGCCAGUACCAGAUGAACAAGAACUUCGAGCGCCUGCGCAGCUCCAUGUCGGAGAACCGCAUGUCGCGCCGGAUCGUGCUGUCCAACAUGAGGAUGCAGUUCUCCUUCGAGGGUCCUGAGAAGGUGCACAGCUCCUACUUCGAGGGGAAGCAGGUCUCGGUGACGGACGAUGGCUCACAGCUGGGGGCCCUGGUGCCGUCGGAGCGCGGCGACCUCGGCGAGCCGCCCGCCCUCAAGUCUCCCGCCCCAUCCAGCGACUUCGCGGACGCCAUCACGGAGCUGGAGGACGCCUUCUCCCGGCAGGUGAAAUCACUGGCAGAGUCCAUCGACGACGCCCUCCACUGCCGCAGCCUGCACUCGGGGGAGGCGCCCCCUGCCGACACGGGGCGGGCCCGGGAUGCCGAGCCCAAGCCGGCCCUGCACGGCGCUGACCACCACAAACUGGACGAGAUGACAGCCUCGUACAGCGAUGUCACCCUGUACAUCGAUGAGGAGGAGCUGUCGCCCCCACUGCCCCUCUCACAGGCCGGGCACCGGCCGCCCAGCGCCGAGUCGGACCCGCGGCUGCGAGCCGGGGGCGCCUCGCAGGACUACUGGGCGCUGGCCCACAAAGACGACAAGGGGGACACGGACACGAGCUGCCGGAGCACACCGUCGCUCGAGCGGCAAGAGCAGCGGCUGCGCGUGGAGCACCUCCCGCUGCUCACCAUCGAGCCGCCCAGCGACAGCUCCGUGGACCUCAGCGACCGCUCAGACCGCGGCUCACUCAAGAGGCAGAGUGCCUACGAACGCGGCCUGGGCGGGCCACAGGGCAGCCCCAAGCACGGCCCCCUGGGCUGCCCCCCGAAGAGCCUUCCCCGGGAGGAGCCCGAGUUGCGGCCCCGGCCCCCCCGGCCCCUGGACAGCCACCUGGCCAUCAACGGCUCGGCCAACAGGCAGAGCAGGUCCGAGUCUGACUACUCGGACGGGGACAACGACAGCAUCAACAGCACGUCCAACUCCAACGACACCAUCAACUGCAGCUCUGAAUCGUCGUCCCGUGACAGCCUGCGGGAGCAGACGCUCAGCAAGCAGACCUACCACAAGGAGACCCGCAACAGCUGGGACUCCCCGGCCUUCAGCAACGACGUCAUCCGCAAGAGGCACUAUCGCAUUGGCCUCAAUCUCUUCAACAAGAAGCCUGAGAAGGGCGUCCAGUACCUCAUCGAACGUGGCUUUGUGCCUGAUACGCCAGUGGGGGUGGCCCACUUCCUGCUGCAGCGCAAGGGCCUCAGCAGGCAGAUGAUCGGCGAGUUCCUGGGCAACCGACAGAAACAGUUCAACCGAGAUGUGCUGGACUGUGUGGUAGACGAGAUGGAUUUCUCCGCCAUGGAGCUGGACGAAGCUCUCCGGAAGUUCCAGGCACACAUCCGGGUCCAAGGGGAGGCUCAGAAGGUGGAGCGGCUCAUCGAGGCGUUCAGCCAGCGGUACUGCAUCUGCAACCCUGGGGUGGUUCGGCAGUUCCGGAACCCAGACACCAUUUUCAUCCUGGCCUUUGCCAUCAUCCUGCUCAACACAGACAUGUACAGCCCCAACGUCAAACCUGAGCGGAAAAUGAAGCUGGAGGACUUCGUCAAGAACCUGCGAGGUGUGGACGAUGGUGAGGACAUUCCCCGGGAGAUGCUAAUUGGGAUCUACGAGCGCAUUCGCAAGCGGGAACUGAAAACCAACGAGGACCACGUGUCCCAGGUGCAGAAGGUGGAAAAGCUCAUCGUGGGGAAAAAGCCGAUUGGAUCCCUGCAUCACGGGCUUGGCUGUGUGCUCUCUCUGCCCCACCGGCGGCUGGUCUGCUACUGCCGGCUCUUCGAGGUUCCAGACCCAAACAAGCCCCAGAAGCUCGGGCUGCACCAGCGAGAAAUCUUCCUGUUUAACGACCUCCUGGUGGUGACCAAGAUCUUCCAGAAAAAGAAGAACUCGGUGACGUACAGCUUCCGACAGUCCUUCUCCCUGUACGGCAUGCAGGUUCUGCUCUUCGAGAACCAAUACUACCCCAAUGGCAUCCGGCUCACAUCUGCUGUCCCCGGAGCAGACAUCAAAGUGUUAAUAAACUUUAACGCUCCCAAUCCUCAAGACCGGAAGAAGUUCACCGACGACCUGCGGGAGUCCAUCGCGGAAGUGCAGGAGAUGGAGAAGCACAGGAUAGAGUCGGAGCUCGAGAAGCAGAAAGGCGUCGUGCGGCCCAGCAUGUCCCAGUGCUCCAGCCUCAAAAAGGAGUCCGGCAACGGGACGCUGAGCCGAGCCUGCCUGGAUGACAGCUACGCCAGCGGUGAGGGCCUCAAGCGCAGCGCCCUCAGCAGCUCCUUGCGGGACCUCUCCGAAGCGGGUAAGAGCGGGCCAGGACCCCCUUCCUAG